AUGGCAUCGACGAGCUUGAGCGAGCUGGUUCUGCGUCGGUGGGACCUCGCAGAGUCUGCUGGCGUUAUGCGUACAAGUGUGGACUCCACAAUGCGUCGUCGAAUCCAUGGUGACUUGGGACUUGUCAUUCAAUUCAAUCCGAGUCAUAUCAAGAAUAAGCGUCCAGUGGACAAGCAGCUACUGAAGUCUCCUCAAGAUGAAGCUCCUGCCAAGCCAAAAUCAUCGGGGUUUAACUUUACGAAAGCCAAGCGCUCCGAGUUCCUCGCUGGAUUAAGUACUGAGGCUGAUGACGACCAACAUCUUCCGUCUGUGCAACCUACAGAGUUCGGAAGUAGGGACGAAGCUGGUACAGAUGAGGUGGAGCACUUCGUUCUUGUCAAUGUGGCUCCCUUAGUUCGCGGCCACGUGCUGUUCGUCCUUGAAUUAAAUCGCGUUAAACCGCAGAAAAUGACGAAAACUUUCUUGCUGUACGCUCUCAGCAUCUCACAUGAAAUGCAGCGUGAGGACUUCGCUCUGGGGUUUAAUAGUGCUGGAGCGUGGUCGUCCGUGAACCACUUUCACCUCCAAGGGUAUUUCUUCCCGCAGACUGAAGGUGCUCUAGGCAUGAAUUUUCCUGUUGCAGCUCAGCAUAGAGAAGAAAUAUUCCGUGUUGACGGCGCAAUUGUGAAACACCUUCUAAGUUGGAAGACAGCCUGCUAUGCCAUUGAGCCUGAAGACGCUACCAGGGACGCUGUUCACGUCGUUGAGAUCGCUUGGGCUCUGUUGGACCUUCUUCAGGCUCGAGGAAUCCCACACAAUCUCAUUAUCGUCGGCACCGUGGUCUUUAUCUUCCCUCGCCAGCCACAAUGCGAGAAUGGAGUUGGAUUAUUCCCCGUCGACACAACCACGGAUCACGCUGGCCGACUCCGUAUCGCUGUGGCUGAACUCUCCGGUCUCAUAGUGGCAGGAGACAGCGUCGUAUACGAGAAUCUCACUGAGGAGAUGUUUAACUUGGUCUUGCAAAAUGAGGUGUCCAUCUCAGUGGACGAGGAAGUUGCGCUGGUAGCCGAAUGGAAAGCCAAAAUUGGUGUCACGAAUUAA